AGAUGUAAACAAACAGAGGCAGCAGCCAUUAUUACAGCCGCAGAAGAAGAGUUCACACCGUUUGACCGUUUGGUCCGCUGCCGUCGAAUUAACCGGGGUUUCAGUGAGGCCGUGUGUCAGCGGGGACAUGAGAGACCCGAGUCUCAGCAGCGAGGGCAUCCGCAGCGGCUCCGAGGACGAGCCGUUCGCUGAGUACAUGUGGAUGGAGCACGAGGAGGAGUUCAACCAGCAGGUGGAGGAGGAGCUGUGGGAGGAGGAGUUCAUCGAGCGGUGUUUCCAGGAGAUGCUGGAGGAGGAGGAGCAGCGAGAGUGGUUCAUCCCCUCCAGAGAUCUUCCUCAGCUGCAAGAGCAGGUCGGGCUGCGCGUCCUCGACGCAGACGUCCACGCAGACGCAGACUUCGUGAUCUACAGCAGUCUGAACCCCAACGCCAAGGAGUUCACCCCGGGCAUCGAGAAGCACGUCAUGUGACCCGCCGGGGC